CACCGCCGCUACCGUCGCCAUCGCUGUCGUCAUCGUCGUCAUCGUCGUCAUUGUCGCGAUUGAUUGAUCUUUGCUAUGCGCCCCGAGCCGUGACUACUAUGAGAGGAUGAGUUGCUCGGUGAAGAUUUCUUGCGGCAAGAGCUGGGCCGGCUCGCAGCGCAGGAUCGGUUCCCUCGCGGAGGAGGCGAGCGCGUGCCCCGCGUCCGCGGUCAACUGCGCCGGCCUCCAGACCGUUCAGCCGAGCGCGACGUUGAACGCGACGUCGACCUCGAGCUCGACAAGCACGACGAUCAGCCCUACGACCGCCACCGUCACCGUAGCCUUCACCAACCCCAUCGUUAUCACCACCGGCACGAGCACCAUCACCGCCGCUACCGCCGCCGCCACCACCAGCAUCAACGUCAUCGCGACCGGCAACCAAAGGGUGGUCCCACCACGCCCCGUCAAGUCCAUCGCCGCGAAGAAGGGGGAGGACACCACGAAGCUGCUCAAGUAUAUCGACGACAACGUCAUCGGCAAGAAUGGCACGUUCUUUGGGCCAUUCGGCCGCAGGAAAGUGGUUUAUUGCGACUAUACUGCCUCGGGAAGGUCGCUACAAUUCCUCGAAGAUUACAUCGCGAAGGAGGUGCUGCCAUGUUUGGGCGACACUCGGGCAUCUACGUCCAUCUGCAGUCUGCAGUCCUCUCUCUUUAGGCAUGAGGCCAGAGACAUCGUCAGACAUGCGGUCGGGGCUAGCGAGCAGGAUGCGGUCCUGUUCACUGGUCAAGGCACCGCCGCUGCCCUUCGCACACUUUUACGGCACCUCGAUCUCUCAAAAUCCACCGUGGUCUUCGUGGGCCCGUUCGAGCAUCACGCCAACCUGAGGCCUUGGCGCGAGCUCGAUGUCAAGAUAGUACGAGUUUCCGAGACCCGGGAGGGCUUCUUGGAUCUGAAUGAUCUCGAACGAGGACUCGCGAGAAUGCGGAGCGAGGGCGUCGCACAAAUGAUCGGAUGCUUCAGCGCGGCCAGUUGCAUAACGGGGGUUUUGGCAGAUGACGUCGCGACGACCCUCUUGCUGCACCAAUAUGGCGCGCUUAGUGUGUGGGAUUACACCACUGCAGCGCCGUACGUCCAGAUCGACAUGAAUCCGCAUCUACCCGGGGUCGGGGAGACCGCGGUGCACAAGGACGCGAUUAUCUUCGCGGGUCACAAAUUUAUCGGCGGCGUGCAAUCGCCCGGUAUUCUGGUGACGAAACGAUGGCUUCUGCGGGACGACGUCGAGGCGGAGGACAUGAGGGACUCCCAUCGCUAUCACCGUGAUCCCGAGCUACGGGAUGAGAGCGGAACCGCCGGCGUGGUCGAGAGCAUCCGAUGCGGACUGGUGGUCCAGCUGAAGGAAAACGUCACGACGAGGGCGAUCAUCGCGCGACAGGACAAGAUCUCACGACAAGUCUUGGCUCAUGUGCGCACCAUUCCGGAAUUGAUCCUACUUGGCAGCUCGUCGCAGAACGUGAAGCGAUUGCCCAUCUUCUCGUUCAUGGUGCGCCAUCCUCGCGGCAAGUUCCUCCAUCAUAACUUCGUCUGCGCUGUCCUGAACGACGUCUUCGGCAUCCAGGCACGAGGAGGGUGCGCGUGCACGGGUCGUUAUGCUCAUCAUUUGAUGGGGAUCGAUCGGCAACUUGCGAAAGAAUAUGAAAGCAUCCUCUUGGAAGGACAACGGACUGGUGUGGAGGAGAUCAACGCGGAAGGCCUCAGACCGGGCUUCGCCAGGCUGUCCUUCCCUUACUUUAUGAGCGAGGCGGAGGUCGCCUUCGUGUUGGAAGCUCUCAAGAUGGUAGCUACCGAAGGGUGGAAGCUGCUGCCGCAGUACGUAUUGAAUCCCGAUACCGGCGAAUGGCGGCAUCACACCAAUAGCGUCUUCAAGGAGCGCAAGUGGUUGGGCGCGAUCAGGUACACGGACGGAAAGAUGAACGCCACGGAGAGACGGGCUUCCGGCCCCGGUGUUUUCCCGCAGACCUAUGGCGACUGCCUGCAGACCGCUCGGAACAUCUUCAAUCGCGCCCGCAAAAUGGCUCAGCGAUGUCCGCUGCAGAUCGACAAGAGUUUCAACUUCCUGUGCGGGCGCAUGGAAGCGUUACGCUGGUUCAUGCUGCCAAGCGAGGCGCAGGAUCUCCUCCUGGGUAACUCGCAGAACGUCAAGCAGGACGUGCCGUUUAAUCCGUUGCUAGCCUGGAACAGAUACAGCCACACGAGCACCGCCGCCAGUUGUCACGACAGUCUGGUGAACUGCCUUACGCUGACGAACGGCAUGAGGCGGCUGAAUAGCGACAUUCCGCGUACGGGCAACGCGCCCAUCUCGACGAUCUCACCGAGGCAUCGAAGCCUACCGGCGCUGAGCACGGUGCGUCGUACUCUGAUGACGACGGCGGAGCUGAGCCAACCAUCGUCGUCGAGCAACAGCGAGGAGGAGAGUCCGAAUCAAAACGAACCUUUCUCCGGCGGGCAUCGAUCGCCCGCCACGUGUCCAAACUCACCGAUGCCAGUUAGAUUCGCGGUGGGCGAGGCUGUGACCACCCUGGGAUCAAUAUCCCGCACGACCGCUCGACCGACGAAAGAGCAGAGGGAGCCAACGGAGGCCACCAAUGCCGGACGCGCGAGAUGCAACUCCCUAGGUAGCACCACCGACGGAUGCAGCGUACCGGGAAAUCGCAUCACAGGUGCCACGACGACGUCCUCGCCGAUCCCGCCGCUUCCUCUGAGUCCGCAGACUCUGACCAGUUUGGGACUGAGCACGUCGAACGGUACGUCGAAGCACAGACGUCUUCACUGCAGCUGCAGCAGUCAGACGGAAUUGAACUCUUUGGAAUUAGAUUCCGCCGCCAGUCCGAGUCACUCGACCUCUUUCUUGAAUUACAAUCACAAUCCGGCGUCACCGCCGUCUUCGUAUUCCUCGACCAGCGAUUACACCGAAAGGCUAGUAGGCGGAGGUAGAUCAUCGCCUAUCUCGACGAAUAUGAGCCAACGUUCCGAGGAUGACCUGAGCGCGUACGUGAAAGAGAUGACCAAAGAAUUAGCGACGGAGAUCAAGUCGGAGAUUCGCGAGGUGAUCUCCAAAGUGGAUGACGCCCUGUCGGAGACAAAUACAUCCGAGAACACGCCGCAGCAUCACUCGCGGGCUCAGAGCAUUAGCGUUAAUCAAACAUACGUAGAGGACAAGCAGUCGAGGCACGAUUCGUUCACAGCUAGCGACAUUGCCGAAUACUUGAUGGAAUUCUCGAAGGAAAUGGCGAGCGAAGUAAAAUCUGAGAUAAGAUGCAUGGUGAACGCCGUUGACGGACUUCAUAGGUACUCGCCAGACGUCUCCACGUCGGACGUUUCUUCGAGCGGAUGUGGUUCGCCCGAUCGAGGGAGAAUCGUGCUUCCCUCAUCGGCGUCUCCGCGUCUUUCGAUGUCCAGAAAAAGUGGUUCGAUUGAGAUCACCAACAAGGUCGGCGAGCUGUCGCAGCAGGAGAGUAAAAUGUCCAGCGAGUGCUCCUCGGACGAGACGGUCAUUUACGUCAUGAAACCGUCCGAGAACGAGCAGAUUGUGCGCACUCGCACAAAGACAGAGGAUGAGGAAGUGGAGAACGACGUGGACGAUUACGUGGACGAUGAUUCGCAAGAGGGACGUAACGGCCUCGACAUCGACGCCCGGAAGGUUCUGCCAAAGAUCUAUUCGGCCGUGAACUCGGUCAGCUCUCAGGAUAGCGGCAUAAACAUGUCCUUUCAAGAGAGCGACAAGUCGAUAGACUCGCUGGAUUUGAAACGGAGUAGCAGUGCCGAAUCCAAUUCCGCGCACAGUCACGGACGGAAACCCAGGACGACGUCGAUGAUGAGUCUAUCGACCAAGUGCACCAGCAAGGUGCGUCAGAACGACAAUCUCUCGGAGGAUGAGGAGUACACGGGCGAUCUGCGAGAGGAAGAGGGCGAUGGCCAGGAAAAUAAUGUUGACGACAACGAGUCCAGACUCGAGUUCCCGCGAACUCAGUGGCACUGUCCACCGAAGAACAUCUGGAAACCUUCGGUGGAAGCUAUGCAAGAAUUUGACAUGAUUCGAGACAGUGACAAGGUCUUGGUCUGCCUGUCAGCCAAUGGCAAGGACUCGCUUUCCCUUCUGCAUACUCUACAUCAGUACAGAUUUUACGUCAGGUCAAAGGGAAUCGAUUUUGAAAUCGGUGCGGCUACCGUCGACGUAGGUGGCUCCGACCCCAUGGAAUUGAUGAGUUAUUUGAAGGCUCUUGAGAUUCCCUAUUUUUACGAGGAACAAGUGACGGAUUCAGCCAAUGUCAAUGUCGACAAUCCGUUGGACGCUAGCGUCGCCAGCGGGACCUGCAGUUUCUGCGACAAGUCCGUCAGAACCCAAUUAUACUCUUUGGCAAAACGAAACGGAUAUAACGUAUUGGCGCUCGGUCAACAUUUGGACGAUCUCACGGAGAGCUUUCUCGUGUCGGUAUUCCACGGUGGCGUAUUGAAAACUAUGAAGGCUCACUAUUACAUACGUCGAGAGGAUCUCAGGGUCGUCAGACCGUUUAUCUACGUGCGAGAAAAGGCACUAAAACAGUUUGCCGAGAGCAAGAAGCUGUCUAUCUCGCGAGAUUCACGAACUUUGUCCGAGAAACAAAACAGAACGAAGGAAUUGAUGCUCCAACAAGAACGCGCAUAUCCUCGCCUGCACUGGUCCGUGCGCACAGCUCUGCGGCCCUUGAUAACCGUUAACCACAGGCAAAUUGGCGCCUUUGAUUUGGCCUGCAGCGGCAACAGCGGUAAUAGUCCUAGCAGCAGCAGCAGCAGCACUAACAGCAGCAUAAGUAGCACCUGCAGCAGCAACAGUGGCGGCGGCAACGUCAACAAUCAACAGAAACGGCACCGGAGAACCAAGGCGAAUCCCUCGGCGAACGCUUCCUCCCAGCGAGUCGACGAGAACGACGAGACCGACGAAGAGCCCGUGCUCUGAGAAGGGCCCACCGCGAGAUGGGACCCCGAUCGUCCCGCGGUCCCAUCCUCGCGUCUCCGUCGCAGGCAUCCGACGUCGACGUAUGCUCUCGUUCGAAGACGAUUGCGCUUCGCGGCCGCGGGCGCCGCCGCCAGAAUGAACGAUCAAAAAUGCGCCGAGAACGGUAAUUGAGCGACAAUAGCGAGCAGGCGGAAGAUUUUGCGAGGGAGGAUUUUUCUUCAAGAAUUUUGCCCCUGUCUCUGAACGUUAUUCGCGAGUGUACGCUUUGCGCAUCGCGAGAUAUUAACGCGGGAUAGUUGCCGCAUCUUGAACUACGUCUAGAGAUUGUUGCAGUGAAUAAUUGUCGAAUACUCGACGGAGUCUUGAUUAUUAGGCGAUUAUAUCUCGAAUCUUGGAUGAAGAAAUAUUACUUUCUUGUAAUUCGAUAGACUUUUCGAUAUACGUUUUUGAAGGAGAAAAGACGCGGCCGGCAGAAAUGCCACUUACUUAAGCGGUGAUAAUGUAAGGACUAUGUAAGCGUGAAUUUUUUUCUGCUUACAACGAAUAAGGACAUGCUGAAUCAUGGCAUAUCGGCAGCCGACUGUUGCGAUUGGCUGUUUUACGGAGAUACGACACGAUGAUAAUUGAUCGAUGACGAGUUGAUUAGGGACAGAAUGGUCGACGAGCGUGACGUACUGUCACAUUGUUACGUCAAUCGCGUGUUAUAUUGUUGGCACGGAACGAUAAACGGACCGUCGCCACGCGAUAUACGAUUAAGAAACGCGAUACACUUGAGAGACGCGAUAUGCUUGAGAGACGCGAUAAGCAUUAGCUGCUUAACACUGAUACAGAUAUUAUGUGUUACGUAUCUUAGAGAAGAAGUCAUGCAGCGAGGAGAGAAAGUAGAAGGCAGUUUCACGUGCAAGUCAAAAUCUCGCCCGCUCCUGCGGAAGAGAAUUGAGUCGCGCGCGACGCAGAGUAUACCUUUUUUUAUAUACAUAUAUUUUUCAUUUGAUAUAUUGUCUUUGACAUCGCUCUGAUAGCUACGAUUAUUAAGUCGAGAAGUUUUAUAAGCAGUCUAGGCUCCCUCGAUCGAAUCCUUUUCUAUUUCUCGACUUCCCCGACGAUACGACUUGACGACAGGCCCAUUUCUUUGCGGUCAAAUAAAUGUGUCUUUCAGAUGGUCUGUCGGGAAUGUCAUCUUAGGCGGAUUGGUAUAACUACCGUUGCAUUAUUCGAUUAAUCCGCUUUAAAAAGAAAAAAAAAAAACUUGAUCGAACAUUUCGUUUCGAGAGGACCACAUCGAGAGGUAAAGGCUGCGAUGAACUCUCACCUGCAUGAACUUCUACUUCGAGAGAAAGGAGAGACAUUCACGCAUGCACAUGACGCGUAAAAGAUUAAGCUUCUCUCGAAUAAAGCGUAUUAAGACAUUGGAGACUGUCUAAAUAUUCCCAAGUGACGUGUAAAAGUCCAUUGAGACGUCUGACAAAUGAGUAAGACACGUCUGAAAAAUUAUAAAGUCUUGUCCCCCGCAUUGAUGGGACAAAUACGACAGAGGCUUAUAAUAAAAUAUUAAUUUAAGCAUAUGUUGGAAGGAACAAAUUUUUCGUUUCUACCCGACAAGAUUAUAUGAAUGGCGAUCUCCAAUGUUUCAAGCUGCAAAACAAAGGCUCUUUCCUCUUAACUGGCAUUGCCAAAAAACACGAUGACACAAUAAAACUGCGCUUUUUUUCACCGUAA